AUGCAGAGUGGGCAAACGAUCCAGAAACGAGACGGUCGAAGCAAAGAGCAAGAAACAAGAAACAAGGCAGAGAGCAAGAGAGCAAGAGCAAGAAACAAAGAAAGCAAAAGAAACAAGAGCAAGAAACAAGAGCAAGAGCAAGAGGACAAAAGAAACAAGAAACAAGAGAACAAGAAACAAGAACAAGAACAAGAACAAGAA